UGGCGGAUGCGACGUGACGUAUUUCCUCUCUGACAACGGAAGUGAACUCUUGGACGAAAUUGCGAGAACAAACACUGGAAUAGUUGUUGUUUUUAACGAUUUAACGUAUUAAACUAAUAAUUGUUAGGAUGUAUAUGUAUUCAAUGUGUACAUCUAAAGCCCAGGAAUAUAUAAAACAUGCUUAGCAUACUGCAAAAAAAUAGGAUACAUUUUACUUGAAAUACUCGCAGAAGUCCUCGUUUUCAAUUUUGAGUUGUGAGGUUAGCAGGAUGUCGUUCCCUCUUCCCAAACCUCAGGUUCCUCAGCUACCUCAGCAUCUCCUGCGGACCAUCGACUGUAACCAAGGACCCGUCAGAGCCGUGCGCUUCAAUGCUGACGGCCAGUACCUGCUCACCUGCGGCGCGGACAAAUCUCUCAAACUGUGGAGCGGUAGCCGAGGGACGCUGCUGAAGACCUACAGCGGCCACGGCUACGAAGUCCUGGACGCCGAUGGGUCCUUUGACAACAGCCAGAUUUGCUCCUGCAGCUCGGACAAGACGGUGAUUCUCUGGGACGUGGCCACCGGACAGCUGGCCAGGAAGAUCCGCGGUCACGCCGGGAAAAUCAACUGCGUGCAGUUCAACGAGGAGGCAACGGUCAUCCUGUCCGGUUCCAUAGAUGGGACGGUGCGCUGCUGGGACACCAGGUCUCGCAGGAUCGAGCCCCUCCAGGUUUUGGAUGAGGCCAAAGACAGCGUCAGCAGCCUGAAAGUGGCCAAACACGAGCUGCUCACUGGGUCGGUGGACGGUCGAGUGCGACGCUACGACCUCCGGAUGGGACAGCUGCACGUGGACUUCAUUAACAGUCCCAUCACGUGCGUGUGCUUCAGUCAGGACGGACAGUGCACGCUCAGCUCCAGUCUGGACUCCACAGUCAGGCUCCUGGACAAGAGCACGGGGGAAAUGCUGGGGGAGUACACGGGACACCAGAUGAAGGGGUACAAGCUGGAAUGUUGCCUGUCCUCCAAAGACACGCACGUCCUGAGCUGCUCCGAGGACGGACACGUGUACUGCUGGGACUUGGUGGAGGGGUCUUUGUCGCUGAAGUUGCCCGUGGGCAAGGCCGUGGUCCAGUCCUUGGCCUUCCACCCCAAGGAGACCCGCCUCCUAACCGCCAUGGAGGGGCGUGUCCAAGUGUGGGCGGGCGAGCCUGAAGAGGCGGAGGACGGUGACGUCAUGGCAACUUGAUCCAGGGUCUGGACGUUUGUCACAAUUUUUGUUACUUUUUCUAAUAAAAAUGAUGUCAUUGAA